AUUGUCCUGUGGGGGCGGACGGAGAAGUGCUUGAGGGAAGCCACGCAGGAGCUCCAAGCGAUGGGCACCGAGGGCCACUAUUUCGUCUGCGACGUGGCCAACCGGGAAGAGGUUUACCGGCAGGCCAAAGCCGUCCGGGAAAAGGUGGGGGAUGUCACCAUCCUGGUGAACAACGCAGCUGUGGUUCAUGGCAAGACCCUCCUGGACAGCGAUGACCACGCCUUGCUCAAAUCCCAACACAUCAAUACCCUGGGCCAGUUCUGGACCACCAAGGCCUUCCUUCCGCGGAUGCUGGAACUGCAGAGAGGACACAUUGUCUGUCUCAACUCCGUCCUGGCCUUGUCGGCCAUUCCUGGCGCCGUGGACUACUGUACGUCCAAAGCCGCUUCCUUCGCCUUCAUGGAGAGCUUGACCCUGGGCCUCCUGGACUGUCCGGGGGUCAACGCCACCACCGUCCUGCCCUUCCACACCAACACGGAGAUGUUCCAAGGAAUACGCAUCAGGUUUCCCAAUCUUUUUCCUCCCCUCAAGCCGGAGACGGUGGCCCGAAGGACGGUAGAAGCCGUUCAGCAGAAGCAAGCCUUCCUCCUGCUCCCGUGGACUAUGCACAUCCUCAUUUUCUUAAAAAGGUAUUUGAGCGGUAAAAUGGUCCCUUCUGAGAAGUGGAACCCGGAGGUCACCAUGGCCAACAACAACCAACAGGGGAGGGGGAUGGGGGGGAAUAAACCCACCGGCGUUGCAGACCCUUGGAAGGAAGCUUCCCAUGCCUUGGUUGAGGACCAGUGGAAGAGGAGGAGGAGGGGGCUGCUGAGCAGAAGGUGGAGGCUCUUCCAGGUGGCACCAGUAAAAGAAGAGCUUCUGGGUCUGGAGAAUGAAUUGUGGGGUGGGGGCUGCCCCGGUCAGCCUCUUCUCUAGAGUUAGCCAGUAGAGAUGACCAUGGCCUGAGGAAGGACCACGGAGGUGGGGCCUGAAGGUCAAGGCCUCCUCGGUCAGCGCAGGACCCGAACUGGAUGGGAGCCCACGCAGGGGUCAAGGGAGUUUUAUGGUGCAAUGGUUUUUCCCCCUCUUUCUUCUUCCUCUCCACAUUCCUCUGUCUUCCUUUCCUUCUUUUUUUCCUCU